AUGUUUGGAGUGAGAAGAGAGGAUACGGAGGCGGACCAGUUCCUCAAGUCGCACCUGCUGGAGAGGAAAUGGGUGCGGGACGAUGAGGGUGAUGGGGAGGGGAUGGAGUGGAGGUGGACUGUUGAUGCACCGUAUCGUACCCGGAAAGUCCUUUUCUUUGCCCCCGUCCCAACCCCACUAAACGCUUCCGCACUCUAUCACACUCUUCUCAACUCUUCCUCACCGCUCUUCACCGCACGGCAGGACGCGGCGUACGAGGGGCUGCUGGGCGGGCCGGAGGUGGACGAGGAGGACGAGGAGGAGAUUAAAGAGCAGGAUGAGUUUGAGGAGCUCUUCAACUUCCGCUACGAGGAGCCUGGCGGCGCGUUUGUUGCUACUUAUCCCAGGGAGAUUGAGGGAUCUGUGCGGCGUAAGAUGGAAACGAGGAAGCUUGCGAGGAAGGCACGGGCGGAGCGGAAGGCAGCACUGGAGGCAGAGAGGCAGGCGGAGCUGCGACGACUCAAGAACCUCAAGAAGCAAGACAUCCUGGAGAAGCUGAAAAAGAUUAAGCUCGUUGCCGGGCUGGGCGGAGGGGACGGGGACGGCGGCGGGAAGGGAGGGAAGGGCGACCUCCCAACCCGCUUCAAGUACCAACAGGUCAAGCCCAACAACUACGGCCUCAAAGUUGACCAAAUCCUUCAGCUAAGAGACAAGGAUCUUAACCAAAUCGUAUCACUUAAGAAGCUCGCUCCGUACCAGCCCGAGGAGUGGGUUGUGCCUAAGUGGCGGCGGCGGCAGGUGCUAAGUGCGGCGCUUAGAGCGCAGCAGGAUGAGGACGGGCGGAGGAAGAGGGAGGCCAAGGGGAGGAAGAAGGGGAAGGGGAAGGAUGGGAAGGGGAAGGGCAGGAGGGAGCCGUUUAUCAGGUUGGAAGAGGAGGAGAAGGAGGAGGUGGAGAGGGGUGGGGAGGAGUUGGAUGCGGGUGGGAGGGAUGAGGAGGCGGAGGAGGGGGAGGUGAAGGAGAGUGAGGGAUCGAGGGAUGGGGGGGAUGGGAAGGGGAAGAGGAAGAGAGGGAAAGAAGGGAAGGAGAAGAAGGGGGAGGGAGAGGAGGUUGAGGCUGAUGGAAAGGAGGAGGACGAGGAAGGAGUGGGAGAGGGGGCGGAGGAAGGGAAGAAGGCAAGGAAGCGCAAUAGAAGGAAGAAGCAGCAGGAGCAGCAGCAGCAGGGGGAGGGGGGAGCAGAAAAGGCACAUGGGCAGCAGGAGAAGAACAAGGAGAAGCAGCAAAAGGACAAGAAGGACAAGAAGGCGAACGGUGGUCAGGGACAGGGGACAGGUGGUGGAGCAGAAGGGGAGGAUGCGGGUCCGAAGUUGAGCAAGGCUGUGAAGAAGAACCUGCAGAGGAAGCAGAAGAGGCAUGAGAAGAUGCUUCUGGAAGGGAAGGACGGCAAGCAGGCACUGUCGGUGUCGCGACUGCAGUCGUACGGUGUGAUUCCGGUUGAGAAGGAGAAGAAGGGCAAGGAGAAGGGGGGGAAGAAGGGGAAGUAG